AUGCCAUCAGAAACAUUCCUGAUUGCCGUAAGUGGCAUUCUCUUUACGUCCAUCAUGGAAUCCAGCCAGUCUAAGGCCGUCUUCCAGGUCCAAGCAUAUAAGAUUCCACCAGAUCUUAAUGAUUAUACCCGCCUCAGAACUUCAAGAUCAAUGGCUUCCUCCCUUGCAACCAAAGAUGCUACUUUGUCCGAAGAAGACCACAUUCUUAGGAUCAUUGUGGACUUUGACAACUUCAGGAAAAGAACGGAGAAAGAAGGGCUUUCUUUGAUGACAAAAGCGCAAGGACAAGUUAUAGAAAGCUUAUUGCCUGUUCUAGACAAUUUUGAAAGAGAUAAAACUCAGAUAAAGGUGGAGACAGGGAGAAGAAAAAAAGUACACAACAGUUAUCAGAGCAUCUACGAACAGUUUCUGGAGAUUUUGAGCUCAUUGGGUGUUGAAAGGGUGGAAACUGUCGGCAAUCCAUUUGAUCCUUUGGAUUUUGAGAAUAAGAUGAAAUUCAGCAAGCUGGCCAUGGAAAUUCAGUAA